AUGGCGCUUAAUCUUGAGAAACAGUUGCUCUUCAUCAAUGUUGCAAUUCAUAUCACCUGCGUUCCAGCCAUACUGUUUACCGGCAUCGUCCUCGCUUGCAACUGCCCGCCCCUCGUCACCCUCCCGGACGCCCUCCACAUUGAUUACCUGCCGGUAAACGCCGGCACAAUCGGCGCCAUUAUCUACGCCACCUUCUACAUCCUCCUAGAGCCCAUGGCCGGCGGCCUACUCGCGGCCCCCUUGAUCGCAGCUGCAUACUACGGAAACUACUUCCUCAGCGCAUACGGCACCACCGUGAACUACUGGGCCGGAGGUAUCCAAGUUGUGUCAUGGCUGGCACAGUUUAUCGGACACGGAGUAUUUGAGAAGCGUGCUCCCGCCUUGCUGGAUAAUCUUGUUCAGGCUUUCCUGCUUGCGCCGCUAUUUGUCUGGAUGGAGGUUCUGUUCUUCUUCGGAUAUCGCCCGGAGCUCAAGGAGCGUUUUGAGAAGGGUGUUGAGGUGGAGAUUCUGAAGUUCCGGAAACAAAAGAACGAUAAUGGCAAGGGCAAGGGCAAGACCGAGCAGUAG